GCUCUCUCUCUCCCUCUCAGCGUGUGAGUGAGGCAAGAUGGCAGAAGCCAGUAUUUCAAUAGAUGAGGAACAUUUCACCUGCUCCAUCUGUCUGCAGCUGCUGGGGGAUCCGGUGACCACUCCGUGCGGACACAGCUUCUGUAUGGUGUGUAUCAAUGACUUCUGGGACGGUGAAAGUGUUUACAGCUGCCCUCAGUGCAGAGAGACGUUCACCCCAAGACCCAUGCUGCGGAGGAACAACAUCCUGGCUGAGGUGGUGAAGACGCUGCAGGAGAGCAGAUCUCAGGACUCUCUCUCAGGCUGCGUGGACUUCUCUCCGUCUGAAGCCCAGGACGUGGAGUGCGACUCCUGCGUGGGUGAGAAAAAGAAGGCCGUGAAGUCUUGUCUAACCUGCCUGGCCUCGUACUGUGACACUCACCUUCAGCCCCACUAUGAAUCUGCUGCAUUCAGGAAACACAAGCUUGUGUCAGCCUUCAGAAACCUGCAGGAGAAGACCUGCGGGCAGCACGACAAGCUGCUGGAGGUUUUCUGUCGCACUGAUAAGAAAGUCAUUUGCUCUCUGUGUUUGCUGGACAAGCAUAAAGGCCAUAACACAGUCUCUAUACAGGAGGAAUGGAUGGAGAAAAAGAAGCAGUUUGAAGAUUUAGAGAGGAAAUACCAGAACAGACUUGAAAAGAGAGAGACAAUCCUGCUAGAGCUGAAGGAACUGAUGGAGUCAUUUAAGAGCUCUGCACAGGCAGCAGUAGAGGACAGUGAGAGGAUCUUCACUGAGCUCAUCCUGUCCGUGGAGAAAAAGCGAUCUGAGGCAACGGAGCUGAUCAGAGCUCAUGAAAAAGCUGAAUUGGAUAACGCCAUGGGAUUUGUGGAGCAGCUGGAGCAGGAGAUUGCAGAACUUAACAGAAAACGAACUGAUCUUCAGCAGCUUUCAGUCACAAAGGAUUACAUCCAAUUAGUACAGAGAUCUCAGAUUCUCUGUGCUGACCUGGAAGAAGCCAAUGAUGCUUUAAAUAUAGCGCUUAAUCAACAGCCAGCAUUUGAGAAUUUCAAGACAUCUGUAUUGCAGCUGAAGAAGCAACUGGAAACCUUCUUCACAGAAGAAUGGAAGAAAAUUUCUGAAAAUGUGAACAACCAGAUCAUUUCAGAACCUGAGGCAGAAACCAGAGAGGAUUUCCUCAAAUAUGCCCGUGAGCUGACUCUGGAUCCCAACACAGUAAACUGUAAUCUCCUGCUGUUGGAGUGUAACACGAAGGUGAUUUGUGAAAAUGAGCGUCAUUUCUACCAUGAACACCCUGAGAGGUUCGCCUAUUGGCAUCAGGUGCUCUGUAAGCAGAGCGUGUCUCUGCGCAGUUACUGGGAGGCUGAGGUAGGCGGAGCAAAUGGAGUUUCCAUUGCAGUGACUUCUAAAGCAAUCAGAAGAAAGGGGUCUGAAGUGGAGAGCAGGUUUGGGCAUAAUAGCGAGUCCUGCAGAUUAGUCUGCUAUCCAAUGAAAUACAGCUUCUGGCACAAUGAUAAACAGAUUGAAAUCCCAGGCCCGACAUACAAAAGAAUUGGUGUCUAUCUUGAUGAAAAGGCAGGAACUUUAUCCUUCUAUGGUGUUUCCAGUGAAAUGGCCCUCAUUCAUAAAGCCGCAGUCAAGUUCACUCAGCCCCUGUAUGCUGGGUUUGGCAUAGGUUCUGGAUCAUAUGCAAAGAUUUGCAUUUAUAGCACAAGUGGUGCCACUGGUAAGACUUCAAAGAAGAAAUGAGACACUGUCCUGGCUGAAAUGAGUGGUGGUGAUGCAUUUGGAAACAUUAUAGGACUGUGAUCAUCUGCACAAAUCUUUUUGAACCAUAAUUUAGAGUCUCCAAGCAAAGAUAAGGUUUUACUGAGCACAUGAGAAAGAUUAAGCAUUUAACUUGUGCAUUUUGUUCCCAUGGGUCUGAAGAUAACUGCAGGAAUCUGAUUAUGACUGGAUUUUUAAAUGCAUGUAAACACACUUAUUGUGUCGAACCUCACCAGAGUCUGUAACGCUUCUCUGUGGGAGCAGAGCCUCCUUCGCUGCCAGCUUGCGUCAUUUGUUCAUCAGCUGGUACUGGAUGUUGGUGUGGCGAAUUUUUAUGAGUAUGACUAAAUGAACACGGUAUCAGCCCCAUACCCAAUACCAGCAUCCCUAGUGCCAGCAUUCAUGUUUACUUUUUGAAAAGAUAAAUAUUAAUGAAUUUGUACGCGUGCCGUUCUUUCUUUUGUUUCAGUGAAGUUUGCAGAAAGACAUCAUGUUAAAGACCUCAGCAUGUAACGUUGCUCUGACUAGCUCUCGUGCUAGCUUUAGCAUUGGCUUAUCCGAAGUGGUAGCUAAAACCUCUUUCUUAUUAGACUGGAAAAUCUACCAUCUUUACGUUGAGUGAUGAUUUCCUUGCUUUGAUUAAUGUAAACAUAUUAAUUAAAAGAAUCCUUUUAUGUCUGCACUGAACAUCUGUACCUUGGAAAGCCAGUUUAUUUUGGAAAAAUGCUUCACAUCUAUUUCUUUAGUUUCUUCACUUUUCCUUUUUAGUCCUGAAUGUUUGUCUGUUAGAACAAGUGUUACGGGUGAUACCAGGUAGCCUGUACUGAAAGUUUGAUGGACAUAGCAGGCGUAACUAAGGGAGGUGGGACUUUCUUGGAAUUUAGUAAGUGGUGUGUAAAGCGCUGUUAGAAGAGUAUUAUUUCCUACCUUGAUUUAAUGUGGAAACAUAUGAUGACACAACUCCAGUUACCAGAGUAGUUCUUUAACAUGUGAAGGCCUUUUUUUUGUCAUUAUCUUUAUACAAUUGAGAAACUAUAAAUAAAAGUUGAUUAAAACACCA